AGUUGGAGACUCCAGGCAUUAGAAUCCAGGCACCAGGAACUACAGUGAAGACCAGACACUCCCAACUGCAGGAAUGUGCUCCCUUCCCAUGGCAAGAUACUACAUGGUACCUGAGCUUCAAAGCAACUCCUCAGACAGCCAUGAAAACAUCCUCAAUUACCUCAUGAGAAGACACUAUUGUCAUUUCUGGAGCCUCUGAUAAUCCUGAGCCUAGGCAGCUUUGGGAUGAAACAAUUUCUACCCUUAUUGGAACAGUGUCCCUCUCCUGUCUGGAAACAAUUCACCAAAGGCUCCAUGUGGUUGUCCAGUAAGGUGGUAUGGGGACAGAAAUGGACAAUGAUCCCUGAGGGCAGUGAUCCAUUAACCUUGCCCUCCUAUUUCAGAAUCAAGGAUGCACAUCAAAAGGCUUUGUACACACGGAAUGGCCAGCUCCUGCUGGGAGACCCUGAUUCAGACAAUUAUAGUCCAGAGAAGGUCUGUAUCCUUCCUAACCGAGGCCUAGACCGCUCCAAGGUCCCCAUCUUCCUGGGGAUGCAGGGAGGAAGUUGCUGCCUGGCGUGUGUAAAGACAAGAGAGGGACCUCUCCUGCAGCUGGAGGAUGUGAACAUCGAGGACCUAUACAAGGGAGGUGAACAAACCACCCGUUUCACCUUUUUCCAGAGAAGCUUGGGAUCUGCCUUCAGGCUUGAGGCUGCUGCCUGCCCUGGCUGGUUUCUCUGUGGCCCAGCUGAGCCCCAGCAGCCAGUGCAGCUCACCAAAGAGAGUGAACCCUCCACCCAUACUGAAUUCUACUUUGAGAUGAGUCGGUAAAGAGACAUAAGGCUGGGGCCUCGUCUAGUGCCCCCAGUCUGAGAUCUUCUUGCUCAGCAUCUCUGGAAAGCAGAAUAAGGAAGAUACCAAAGAUGUUUGGGUCUUAAUCCCCAGAAUCUGUGACCGUGUUACAUUAAAUGGCAAAGGGAUUUUUUUUUUCCUUCAUGGUCCAUUUGGGCCCAUUGGAAUCAUCUGAGGCCUCAUGAGGAGAAGGAAGAGGUCAGAGGGAGACUGGGGCAAACUUUGGUACUAAAAGUAACAAUGGAGACAGGGACCAUAAGCUGAUGGGUAACAGUGGUUUCUAGAAACCGGAAAUGAUGAGAGCUCUCCUGACACAGGUUCUGGAUUUUUCUGGACUGAAGAAUGGUGAAAUAAUACAGCUCCAUUAUUUUAAGCCACUGAGUUUGAGAUCAUUCAAUGAAGCUGUCAUAAUAAAACCUGUGCUUCACAUACAA